GUGGGCGUGGUCAGGCGGUCGCGCUGGGGCACAGUUCUGUCCCCCUCCCUGUUCCUGUAUCUGCAGCUGGGGAGAGAUGCACAGGAGCUGAUCUCGAAUCGAGUGAGGGUGCCCGGCAGGAUAUUACUCAGUGACACCCCAGUUUGGACUUGAAUUUUGUAUCUAGGCUGAGGCGACUUGGUGCUUCUCAUCUCCCAGGUAAGAGAACGUAAAAUGUUGGACGAUCACAUCCCUGAGCACGAGGAGUUCGUGUACUGUGGCGGGGCUGCCACACAAGUCUUGAAGUUUGGGCCAUGGAUAGACCUGCAAAAAACCAAAGGAGAGGUUCCACCGAAGCUGCUGUUCUUCAUCGUUCCCGGUAAUCCUGGCAUUGUUGGCUACUACAGGACAUUUAUGCAAUGGUUGUACCGCGGCUUAAAUCAGAAGUACCCAGUGUGGGCAGUCAGCCACGCAGGUCAUUGUGCGCCACCUAAAGGAAUGGACAUGAUUGACGAUAGAGAUGAAGACCAGAAUGAAGAUAUAUUUGGACUCAACGGACAGAUUGAGCACAAACUUUGUUUUUUAAGGAAGAAUGUACCGCCGGAUACAAAGCUGGUUCUGAUUGGUCAUUCCAUUGGCUGUUAUAUCAUACUGGAGAUGAUGAAGCGAGCCUUAAACCUCCAGGUUCUAAGGGCUGUGUUGCUCUUUCCGACAAUAGAAAGGAUGGCUCAGUCGCCCCAGGGCAAAAUCAUGACCCCGUUGUUGUGCAGCCUGCGCUAUAUCGUAUACAUGCCUCUCUAUCUACUCUCUUUUCUGCCUGAAAGUUUAAAAGCCUCGGUGGUGAAAUUUAUCCUACGGGGGGUAAAGUCUGUCGAUGAAUCUUCAGUCACAGCCUCGUUGAGCCUCUUCAGGGUGGAUUGUGCAGCAAAUGCCAUGUACAUGGGCAGCCAAGAAAUGGUGAAAGUUGUGGAACGAGACAACAGAACCAUCAAAGAAAACUUAAGCAAGCUUUUUUUCUACUACGGGGCCACAGACAACUGGUGUCCUGUCCAAUAUUAUGAAGACAUGAAGAAGGAGUUCCCCGAAGGCAGUAUUUUACUUUGUGAGAAAGGAAUCAGGCAUGCGUUUGUGUUAGACUCCAGCAAAGAUGUAGCGUCCAUGAUAACUCACUGGUUAAAGGGCCAAUCAGAUUUGGGGACUAUAUGGUAGUGAAGCUAUAUAUAUAUAUAUAUAUAUAUAUAU